AUGGACAAGCGUGCCACCAGCGGCCGGGGAGAGCCCAUCCCGAGCAUCCUCAAGAAACCUAAGGGCCGCCACAAAGGAGACCUCCUGGAUAAGAGCACAAAGAUCAAGCGAGAGAAGGUGGAGGGCUCCAAGAAAGCUGGAGAUGUGAGCGCUCCGUUGCAGCAGGGGUGCUCUCCGCUCAUGUACGCCUGCCAACAGGCAGACUACAAGGCAGUCGUCGAUAUACUCAAUAAGGACCCGGCAUCAGUACGUGUUCGUGACCGCGGUCUGCGGUGUGCGCUGCACUACUGCGCGUCGAGUGGCGCGGGUGCGAGCCAGGCGGCGCGCGCGGCUUGCGCAGAUCGUGUGCUGAUGGCUGCGCCGGCGCUGGCGGACGCAAGAGACGCCGAUGGCUUGACACCACUACACCUGGCCGUCGUACAUGGCAACGUACCACUGGUUCAGACCCUUCUAGCUGCUGGUGCAGACGUGAACGCUAGAGAUGAUGAACAUCAUACUGUUGUUCAUUGGGCGACAGUGUGUGGUGAAGUUGGGGCACUACGAGCGGUGUUAGCAUCCGGCGCAGACGCAGCCACGCCAGACCAACAUGGCGGAUAUCCUUUGCACUAUGCCGCACAAAUGUGUGGUGCUCCAGCUGCUACAGAUCAUCAAAGCAGAGGAGCAGCUCUGGAAGUUUUACGAGCACUGGUAAAAGAGGGUGGGGCAAGUGUAGACGUGAGAGAUGCUGACGGCCGGACCCCACUCCUGUGGGCAGCAUCAGCAGGGUCAGCGGCUGCAGUGUUGGCAUUACACCAGGCCGGAGCUAAAGUCGACGAUGCCGACAGAGAUGGGUUGACCGCUCUACACUGUGCUGCUGCCAGAGGACAUACUGAAGCGUUAGAAACGUUAGUAGGUCUAUGUGGAGCACGUGUGGACGUAGCAGAUUCGCAUGGUUGUACUCCAUUACAUUGCAGCUGCAUUAGGUCAUGCCGAUGCAACAUCAGCUCUGUUACAACAUGGCGCCGAUUCACAUCGACAAGACAGAAGGGGUCGAAGCCCUGCUCAUACAGCAGCAGCUAAAGGACAAAUAGAAACAGUGCGGAUACUUGGUGCCAGAGGUGCUAACUUAUGGCUUAGAAACUCUAAAGGUGACCUCCCUUUACACGAAGCAGUUGCAUCUGGAAGACGAGAACUAGUGAAAUGGCUUUUAGACGGCCGUCCAUCCCAAGUAAAUGCUACUAAUCAUGAAGGUCGAACACCAUUACAUAUAGCAGCUGCGACGGAUAAUGCCGACCUGUGCCGCUUAUUAUUAGAUCGCGGUGCUGAAGUCAAUCUGAUAGCAAGAUCAUCAAAAAAUGAGCCUCUUACUCCCUUAGAUUGCGCAACCAGUCGUGGUCAUCGAUCUACGGCCAAAUAUCUUCAGAUGCAUGGUGGAAUACCUGCUUCUAAAUUAGCUAAUACGGAUAUUAUCAUAGACGGAGCUCCAAUUACUGCAUUACCCACUCGAAGAGUCACAAGUACAAAAAUAGACGUACAUGAUAGGAUCAGAAUAGAAAAGAGAGAGGUAGUUGAACUGUCUAGUCCCAUUCAAGAGAGGCGAAAGAUCCAAGAUAAAGACAGUAGCGAUUCUAAUGAAUCCUCAGAAGAUAAUAGAAGAAGAACAAAGAAAAAAGCAGAAUCUCAUAAACAUAAAAACAAUAAUCACAAAGAACGUCGAAAAAGACUCAUGCAUACACAAAAGAGUUUUAGUGACGGAUAUGACAGUGAAUUUGAAGCUUUUGAAAAGGAAACUUCCCAUGAUCGUAAUCAUAAAAGUUCGAAGAAAAACAGAUCAAAAAGUGAACCAUCAAGGCGUCAUAAGCGUAGUGCAAAACACCAUCAUCAUCGUUAUAGGUCUCGUUCUGACAGUUCUUCAGACUCUGAAAGUUAUUCGGAGAAGAGGAGAAGCAGACGACGAAGACGAAGUAAAAAAAAAUCAAGUUCAUUCUCAGAAAGCAGUAGCUCAGAAUCUAGUGAAAGACGCAGUACUAAACGCAAAGGAAAAAAAACGUCAAUUCAUAUAGAAAAUGAUGACGAAAAACAAAGUGUGAAUAUAGUAAAAUAUAAAACCACUGAUAGUUUACAGGGUAAGGAAAAAACGAUAAUUUAA